AUGGCAAAGUAUUGCUUAAAAAAAACUAGCAAACGGGUCAGUUGUGCCAAACGGUACAAAAUUGAAAAGAAAGUACGAGAGCACAACAAAAAAGUGAAGAGAAACGCAAAAAAGAAUGGGACCACUAAAAAGAAGGAAAAACCUCUGCAAGUUCCGAACUCAUGUCCAUUUAAAGAAGAAGUCCUUCUUCAAGCGGAACAAGAGAGAGCAAAAUUAAAAGCCCGACAAGAAGCAGCAAAGGAAGCCUCACGAAUACAAAGAGUUGAAAAGCGAAAAAUGAAUUUGCCUGCAAAUUACGAAUCGAUCGUUGCAAAAGCAGCUCGUCAAGGAGACAGCUAUGAAAAAAAGUCGGCAGAGGCGAGAAAUGCUGAAAAAUUCAACACUUUGGACGAUAAAACUAUCAAGGCAUAUGCCAGCGAAGUCAGAAAGACUAUUGAAAUCGCCGAUGUCAUUAUUCAAGUUCUCGAUGCUCGUGAUCCAUUGGGAAGCCGCAGUAAAUCUGUUGAAGAUCAAGUAUUGAAGGGAGGAAAAAGGUUAAUUCUAUUGUUGAAUAAGAUUGAUUUGGUGCCUCGUGAAAAUGUUCAGAAGUGGCUUGAAUAUUUACGCGGCUCUUUCCCAACAAUCGCAUUCAAGGCGAGCACACAAGAACAGAAAUCAAACAUCGGACGUUUCAACUCCGCGAUUCUCAAUAAUACCGAGACGGCGAAGUGCGUGGGAGCCGAUAUGGUGAUGAAGAUUCUUGGAAAUUAUUGUCGUAAUAAGGAUAUCAAAACGAGCAUUCGUGUCGGUGUUGUCGGAUUCCCGAAUGUCGGAAAAUCGAGUGUGAUCAACAGUUUAAAGAGAAAGCGUGCAUGCAAUGUUGGAGCCAUGCCUGGAAUCACAAAGGAGCUUCAAGAAGUCGAAUUGGACAAGAAUAUCAGAUUGAUCGAUUCUCCUGGAGUUGUUCUGUUGAGUCAAAAGGAUUUGGAUCCUGUCGAAGUGGCUUUGAAAAACGCCAUCCGUGUAGAUAAUCUUCUUGAUCCUGUUGCUCCAGUUCACGCGAUUCUUCGUCGUUGCAGCAAAGAAACCUUGAUGAUGCACUAUAAUCUGCCGGAAUUCUCCUCUGUCGACCAGUUCUUGUCCAUUUUGGCUCGUCGCAUGGGAAAACUGAAGCGUGGAGCUCGACCAGAUAUGAACGCCGCCGCGAAGCGAGUUUUGAAUGACUGGAAUACGGGAAAGCUGAGAUAUUACACUCAUCCACCAGAGAAAGGAUCUGUCAAGGACGAGCCACUUCCUGCUGAAAUUGUACAACAGUUCAGCGCUGAGUUCGACAUCGACACAAUUGCCGCCGAGCAAAAAGAGCUGGUUGAAGGAUUGCCGAUGGAAAGUGAUUUGUCGAUUGCUCUACACAAUUCAGAUCAUGAUGAGGAGAAUGAGGAAGAUGAAGAAAUGGAAGUCGAUGAAAAGAAGCAAACCGUGGAAAGCGGCCGAAAGAAGAAGGUUUCUGUUCCUGAAGAUAACACUGUCGAACUUCCGGAUAGUCUCGAAAUCGACGGAAAUGUACAAUUGAACAAAUUGAUCAAAAAUGCAGUGAAGAAGCAGAAGAAGAAAUCGAAGAAGACAGCUCAAAGAGCCGAUAAAUUGUCGGAUGCGUUGUGUGAUAUGAUGGGCGGAGACGCGAUGGAAGAGUAA